AUACAUAAUGCAGGCCAAAUCUUAAGUCAAAAGGGUGGAAAUCAUGGAAGCAUUUUAUUUCAAGGGCGGAUGAUUUGAUAUAAUAAGUCAUCCUAUUCUAACUCUACCCCUUCAACCGUCAUCAUCAAUUUCGAUUUACGAUCAGAACAGGGUUCUUUCUUGAUUGCACGUUUUGCUGGAAACUACAUCUCAACCGAUUGCUUGGACGCUUCUAUCAAUCCUCGUUGCCACAUCUCUCCUUCACACAAAAAACCACUCAUAAUUACUACGGCGGUGCUCCAGGUGGCGCUCCACCACCAGGUGAUCGCGGAUACCCACAACAAGGGUAUGGCGGAGGUUAUCCACAACAAGGUGGCUUUCAACAGCAGGGUGGUUAUCCACAACAAGGAGGUUACUAUCCUCCCCAACAGCCACAACAAGCUUACGGAGGUCAACCAGGAUAUUACGGACAACCACAACCGCAACCUGUGUAUGUUCAACAACCACAAAAAGGUGGCGGUGGUGCGGGUGCAGGAACGGGUUGCUGUGCUUGUUUGGCUGGUGCUUGUCUAUGUUGUUGCGCAGAAGAGAUGUGUCUCGAUUGUCUCUUCUAAAAACACGAUUAUCUCGUUCCGGCGUAUCAAUCUUUAUGACAUCAAUCCGAUUCGAUUCACAUUAUUACCGGCAUCCAUCUUGACUAGAUGUGUCUCUUUCAAUUUUUCCGCUUGUGCAUAUAUUCAACGCUCGAUCUCUUUUUCUUGUUAUCGCGACGAACUUUUAAUUCCAACUAUUGCUUUCCAGACAACAUACGAAUCAGCAGCCAGAGAUUGUGUCAACAUAGAAGAGAGAGAGAGCUGAAAUGAUUAAUAUUACAAAAAUGGUAAGGUUGUUGUACUACAAUUC